UAAUUGCUACUUUGAAAGAAAUAAGUAAUUUCAAUAUUUCUGAUUAAAAUAAUAUAUAAAAUUUUCAAAUAUUAGUGGCAUUAAAUCUGCAUUUGUACAAAAAAGAACUAUCACUCACACAGUAAUCUAGUUGCAAGAGAACGAAAUAUUCCAGAAAGUUUGCCCGAGAAGUAGGAUAGAAGGAAACGAAAAUAAAUUGAUUUUUUAUACAAGAAUAGUAGAAAGAUAAAAAAGAAGAAAUUUUACCAAAAAAUUAAAUAUUUUCUUUAGAAAAAUAUUUUAUUUGCUAAUCAACCGUGAGAAAGAACAGAGAAAAAAAAAGAAAAUGACGUCUCUCGAACCAAAUGUGAAUCGUUUGCAAAAUUUCAAAAACAAAGGCAAGGAUCAAGAGGAAAUGCGUCGUAGACGCAAUGAAGUCACAGUGGAAUUACGUAAAAACAAGCGUGAAGAGACAAUCCUCAAGCGACGCAAUGUUCCCAAUAUGGACUCGAACACAGACGAAGAUGAUCAGUUACCAAAUCAAAUAAAUUUGAAAAAAUUAGCCGAGGCAGCUGCUGAUUCAUCGAACCCCGAACAACAAUUGGCUGCUGUACAAGCUGCACGCAAAUUGCUAUCGUCUGAUAAGAAUCCACCCAUCAACGACUUGAUUAAGAGUGAUAUUUUACCCAUUUUGGUUGAUUGUCUAAAACAGCAUAAUCAGACAAUGUUACAGUUUGAAGCCGCCUGGGCUUUAACCAAUAUUGCUUCGGGUACAUCAGAACAGACAAAUGAAGUUGUAGGCGCCGGUGCUGUACCCCUAUUCUUACAAUUGCUCUCAUCACCCGCUCCUAAUGUCUGCGAACAAGCUGUCUGGGCUUUGGGUAACAUUAUUGGUGAUGGUCCCGAGUUGCGUGACUAUGUUAUCAAACACGGUGUGGUUCAGCCACUAUUGUCAUUCAUCAAACCCGACAUACCCAUAUCAUUUUUGCGCAAUGUUACUUGGGUUAUUGUGAAUUUAUGCCGCAACAAAGAUCCACCACCACCAGCUGCUACCAUUCAUGAGAUUUUGCCUGCUUUAAAUAUUUUGAUUCAUCAUACCGACACCAACAUCUUGGUGGACACCGUGUGGGCCAUUAGCUACUUGACCGAUGGCGGUAACGAUCAAAUUCAAAUGGUCAUCGAAAGUGGUGUUGUACCGAAAUUGAUUCCCCUCUUGGGUCAUGCCGAGGUUAAAGUUCAGACAGCUGCUUUGCGUGCCGUUGGCAAUAUUGUCACCGGUUCGGAUGAGCAAACACAAGUGGUGCUCAACUAUGAUGCUCUAGCGUUCUUCCCAGCUUUGUUGUCGCAUCAGAAGGAGAAAAUACGCAAAGAAGCCGUCUGGUUCUUGUCCAACAUUACAGCGGGCAAUCAAUCACAAGUGCAGGCUGUCAUCAACUGCGGCUUAUUGCCCAAGAUCAUCGAGAAUCUACGUAAUGGCGAAUUCCAAACACAAAAAGAAGCCGCUUGGGCCAUCAGCAAUUUGACUAUCAGCGGUAAUCGUGAUCAAGUCUUUACACUCAUUAAAGAGGGUGUCAUACCUCCAUUCUGUGAUUUGUUGUCGUGUCAAGACACUCAAGUUAUAAAUGUGGUUUUAGAUGGUCUUAAUAAUAUGCUCAAAAUGGCCGAGAGUCAUGUUCAAGAUGUAGCCAAUUUAAUUGAAGAAUGCGAUGGUCUCGAAAAGAUUGAAAAAUUACAAAAUCACGAAAAUGUGGAAAUUUACAAAUUGGCCUACGAAAUUAUUGAACAGCACUUCUCUGACGAGCCUGAACAAGCAUCCAUGGUCCCAACAUCUGAUGGCACUCAAUAUCAAUUUGAUCCAAAUGCCGAUAGUAGAUUACCGAACACAUUUAAUUUUUAACAAAAUUUCCCUUAUUUUUCAAUGUGACCAUGAUUUGAAUGUUGUCUUGUUAAUUUCCAAACAACCAAAAUCUUUUUUUAUAUAUAUAUUUAAUUUAGAAUCAUACACACAGCAACAACAAAAAAGGAUUUAUCAAAUAACAAACGAAAGCAACAACAAACAACAACAUCAUAAUGAGUCCAUGAUAAUUUAAUUAUUGUAAUUUAAUACUUUAUAUAAACAAAACAAACAAAAAAAAAAUAUCUAUAUAUAUAAUUCUAUAUAUAAAAAAAACCAAACAGAUUGAUUGAAUUUUUGAGUUUUAAACACAUUUUUGGAAAAAGUGAAAAAAAAAUCGAAAAAUUAUCCCCUGACUUCCUUUCUUUUGAAGUUUAGUUUUUCCCACGCAAAAAAAAAGUAUCAUAUUUUUCCUUUUCUACUAUAGAAAAUUAUUUUUUAUUUUAUACAAAAUAAGAAAAAGUAAACUAAAAAAUUAUUACUUUAAAGAAUAUUUUUUUUUAUUAUUUUUAAUUUUAAUUUUCGGAACUAAAAAACAAAUAUAUUGUAGAAAAAAAAAUACUACCUUUAACAAAUUUUAUAACUAAACAAACUUUGUUUUUAUUUAUAUUUUUGAUUUUGAAAAAGACUUCAAAAAAAAACUCUACAAUUCAUGUUGUUAUUUAUUACAAUUUUAUAUUUAAUUUUUUCCUUUUUUUUUUGCAACAAAAAAAAAAUUGUUUAAAUUUGUUUUGAAUUAGAAUUUUCUCAAUUUUUUGUCUGUUUAUUUUUUUAUUUUUUCAAUUAGUUUAACACGUAAUCUUAAUAAGAAGAAAUUGAAUUUUCAUAAAACAACCAGAUCAAGAUUCAAAGCUCAUUGCAACAAAUUUAAAUUACAAGAAAAUAAUAAAAAAAAAAAUCAUAAGUAUUUAAAAACGCCAACAUAUUUCAAAAAUAUUGCAACGUUUUUAAAAAACAAACAUCUUUUAAAUCGUAAAUAUAAAUUUAAUUAUAAUAAAAAAAAAAUCAUACAAAACACGAAUAAACGAAUCUAAUUUAAAAUAUUGUAAA